AUUUUUGUGAGGAUGUUCUGUCUUUUCGGGCUCAUCCAGUCCUCUUUCUCGUGCUCCCAAAUGUCAGUGAGAUUAAAGCCCCUGACGGAAGCUAUCUGUGUCACAUCAGAGGAACCCAUCGCAGGUCUGUGUUCAGGGCUGCUAGUUGGGCACUGUGGAGUAUGUUGUCUCUGGGGGUGCUCCUUAGGUUAGGUCUGUCUCCUGCAGAGCUAUUCUGCUUUGUUGAUUUACUUGGGAUCGUUUUUUUUUUUUUUUUUUUUUUUUUUUUUUUUUUUUUUGCUUUAUGCGAAUUCCCUCCACGACUUAAGGAGUACAAGUGUUGGCAGCCACAGUUCUACAUUCUGACUCUACAGAUAACGUAACAUUUUACUUGGAAAUCAUUUCUGCAAAGCGCAGUCCAGCUGUCUUUCAGUGUCCUUCCGUUUGUGUUUUCCCGUCAUUUCUCCAUUAUUCGGUUCAGGUUAAGCGUUUUCAGCAGGACAUCACAGAAGCGAUGCUGUAUCUCGAGGCGCAGGGUGAAGCAGGGACUUGGUGGAGGGCUGGCCACUAAACUUUUUCACUGUGACGUCUGAAACGACCUACCGGGAGAAACUGCGCAGCCUGUGUGACUGUAUGCUGGGGCAAAGUCACAAAACGCUUACAAGCAUGUUUCUCAGUGCCGGCAGUGAGAGCAGCCGCGCCUUUCACCAAUACUGGAUUUAACAAAGAAAGCCUAACCAAGCAAAGACUUCGGGAAUGAUUCCCGCGGGGCGGGGCGGUCUGAGAGCGCGAGGAGGCUUGCUCGGGAGUAACCACCGAGUGGCGCCGCCCCGCGGGAUAGAACGGCCGGAAGUGCUCCUCGCCAGCGGCGCCGUUUCCGAGCUGAGAGAGCUGGAGGCGGGUCGCUUGCGGUUCUCCUGGCUGUGUCGAUACCGGGUCCGGUCGGAGUGCGGGGCUCCAGGGUUCUGGUCAGGUACAAUGGCGUCUCGGGCAGGCCCGCGAGCGGCCGGCACCGACGGCAGCGACUUUCAGCACCGGGAGCGCGUCGCCACGCACUACCAAAUGAGUGUGACCCUCAAGUAUGAAAUCAAGAAGCUGAUCUACGUGCAUCUGGUCAUAUGGCUGCUGCUGGUUGCCAAGAUGAGCGUGGGACACCUGAGGCUUUUGUCACAUGAUCAGGUGGCCAUGCCUUAUCAGUGGGAGUACCCGUAUCUGCUGAGCAUUGUGCCCUCUCUCUUGGGUCUUCUCUCCUUCCCCCGAAACAACAUUAGCUACCUGGUGCUCUCCAUGAUCAGCAUGGGGCUCUUUUCCAUUGCUCCUCUUAUUUAUGGCAGCAUGGAGAUGUUUCCUGCUGCACAGCAACUCUACCGCCACGGCAAGGCCUACCGCUUCCUCUUUGGUUUCUCUGCUGUCUCUGUUAUGUACCUGGUGUUGGUACUGGCAGUCCAAGUGCAUGCCUGGCAGUUGUACUACAGCAAGAAACUCCUAGACUCUUGGUUCACCAGCACACAGGAGAAGAAACGUAAAUGAAGUGUCCCUGAUGAAUUGCUCUGAGAGAUGAAGCCUGGUCCUCCACUUAGCAGAGUGCGAGGGGUAGAGGAGCUGUUUUAAAACCGGGUGAUUUGAGAAGCGGCUAUAUUGGCACCUACUACUAGGCCCAAGUUCUGGCCUGGAGUUCUGUUGCCGUCUACUGAAGUAGCAAAAUUAAAUUUAUUCCUGGUUGGCCAGAUUUGACUGACCAACAGCUGUGAAAUAGACUUCAUCUGGGUGAAGCUGAAGCCCUUCAGAAUUUUUCCUUAAGUAUGAGCCUUACCUUGCCUCCUGUUGGUCAUUCUCCCAACUUGAGUUCGUCGCUCCUUAACCAACAUGACUGCAAAUUUUACUUCCGUAAAAUUUGGGACAGGAAACACCUGUGAAGCUGCCCACCUUGCAAGUUGUGCUUUUUACUGCAAAACAUUUUAAUUAAGAAUCUAAAUAAAGUUAAGACUGCCCUGUGCAUUCUGUGCCUUGUAUUUGGGAUUAAUAGAGCACGAAAAGGGUGUUAGUGACUUUAGACUAAGAGAUGAGUAGAAGCUCCCUGAGAAACCUGGCAGUGGCUGCAAGAAGUGGACUUGACGUGGGGAACCUAGGUCAUAAUUGAACCUAAGUUAUAAAUGCUACCCUGUAGCAAAUUGGCAAGAACUGCCACAGGCCAGACAUUUAAUUUUUCUACCUUAAAAUGGCCAUUCUCAUUUAUCAAGUUUGGGUUAUGCACUGUUUUAGUUGGAUAUUCGUGUUAAUCAUUAUGUGUCUAAAACUGCCUUAAUAGUAUCCAAAAAGAUUUUUUGUUUUG